AUGCCUCGACGAGGUCGUGCUCGAGAAUACGACGAGGAGGACAUGUACGAAGUUGAGCGUGAUGUGUAUCCACGACGAGGCAGGGAUGAGCGUUUCUUCGAGGAAGAUAUAAGAUACAAACGUCGAGGAUCGGAGGGACUACCGCUUGACAAACUUGAACGCUUACACCUGGAAGCUCAAAGAAAACCGGAGAUUUUACGUGAGCCUCAUGGCUAUCCUCGUGAUUUAGCGCCACCAAUCCUGAGGCGUGAGCCAGAAGACCUUGAACCACCUCGUGAGAGACCGCGCCGCUUGAAAAAAGACUGGGAUGAACAACCCCUUUUUCGCGGACGGCCUCGUUCGAGGGACCGGGAUAUAGAGGAGGAGAUCACGUUUCGCGAGGAAACAGACCGAAGAUACACUGAUAGCGAGUCUGACAGUGAUAUCGUUCUCGUACCGAGAAAAGAACGACCGGUGCAUCGCCGCAGGUAUGAUAUUCCAGAGGCCGCACCUAAACCACGCAGUCGGAGUCUUCUGGAGGAAAGAAGACUGCGAGAAAUGGAUUUUAAGCAAGGUGACGUGCGGCUUCGAAGGCCCGAGGUGGAGGAACACCAUAGGAGGCACCGCAGUGGCCCUUUCUAUGAGAGUAUAGAUGAUGCUGACGACGAGCUCGAUGAAGAGGUCGAUGAGGAGGAAGUCUCAUUUUGGGACCCUAGGGAAAGAAGACCUGAGCGAAGUGUUGAGGAAAAGGAGAUUAUCUUCGAAAGACGGGAAAGGUCGUCAUCUCCAGAAAUUGCAAUCCCUAGAGUUCCUUCGCCGGGGCAUGGUAGACCUAUUCGUGAUGGCUUCAGAACAAAGCCUAGCAUGUCUCGAGCUCAUAGCCCUGAGAUCACACUUACAGAAGCAGAAUUUCGCGAACGUGAGAGACGCCGGAAAGGACGACGGGACAAGGAAGAGGUCCUCAUUCUUCGACGGGAGGAGGAGGAAUUCCCUCAACCUCGGCGGGACAAGGUUGUACCUAUCGUCGACCCUCCCAGGCCUAGGUCAGUGGAGCGCGAAAAGGAAAGGCUUACAGUGAUACGGCGGGAUGGUAGCCGAGAGUCGCUCGUCGAAGAAGAAUUUGAAGAAGAGGAUUUCUACAGGCUCCGUGGGCAUCGCACUCCUCCUAGGAAGGACAUUAAGACCAUGGAGGAGCUGGAUAUUGUCAGAGCCGAACCCAAGGAAGAGAAACGGACUGAGAUAGUGACACAAGAAAUCAAGCCUUCACGAUACGGAGAUCGUGAGUCUAAGCUUGUUGUUAAAGACGUGAAAGAGUCUGACAAUAUCCCGGAACGACAACUUGGGCGAAUAGGACGACGAUACGUUGGACUCAAAGACCGUCGUGACGGCCUUUGGACGGAGAUUACAAAGGACCUGAUAGUGAGAGAGGCCCUUGAGCGGUCUGGCUAUGAGUAUGAAGAGACCGAGUCCUUCUAUUACAUAUUUUCCUACCUCGAGCAGAACGACGUCGACGCACUCAUUGAGCGCUCGGAAGAGAUUCGGCGUGCACGCCGUCGUCGAAUCCAAGAGAUCCACCGUGAGCGAGCAUCUCUGCCUCGUGUAGCUGCUCCUCCUCCUCCACCACCUCUGAUACCUGCAGCCGAGAAAGCAGCGCCCCUGCUUCUCGACAAUCAACCACCACCUCCCCGCUUCGUUCGGGAUGAGCGGAGAAAGAAGGAACGGGAUAUGGUCGUCGAGGGCAACCGCUGGAGGGGCCCUCAGCGCCCAGGGCGGUGGUGAAACAGCGGACUCUUCUUUUGUUGGACUUAUACUACAGCUCCAAUAUACCCUGGUCGGAUGCAGACCCGAGUCUGUUUGGGUUCCCAGAUACCCGUGUUGCCGUUGUUGUUGUCAGGUUCCAGACCACAUCAUACUUGUCUAUAUACCCUCACCUUGGAUGAAGCAAUACAUGAAUAGUAUCUAGUGCCUUGCUUAAUUGCUUAGUUGCUAACUAGCC